AUGACAUCAACUCAACUUCCAUCCUCCGCUCAUUGGCUAGCAAUUGACCCUGAGGACAAAGAACUCCUGGAAAGCGGUGUUCCAGCUCCUCUUGAUGACAUUGAAGAUGCUGAAAGCAAUACUUCUGUUGACACCCAGACCACAGACAUGCCAAAGCUCCCCAGAGGUUACAUCAAUCUUGAAGGGAGCUUGACUUUCGAAAUGGACAAACUGAAUAUUCGAGAAGAAAAAAGCUUAUUGGAUUGGUGCAAUGGGGAAGAUGUUCCGUAUUCUCUCAUAGACCCGGCAAUAGUGUACAAUCUCGUGGCAUUGCGUACAAGGGAUACUCGAUACAUGGCAAAGUCCAUGCCUUGUAUGACAAUGGCGACAAGAUCUCGGCAGAGAGCCACCAGCAUGGAUGAUUGUGAGGAGCCAGAAUCAUCAACUUCCACUCAAUCUAUAUUGACAGAAGUUCAGAACACAAGAAUUGAUACUGAGACAAACCUAUCCACGGCAGAAGAUGAAGAUCAUCCUUGGACACGAGUUUUAAAUGAAGUUCCAGAAGACGGAACUGAUCCUAACACACAUCCAUUUGAUGAGAUGUCAUCCAAGGCACAUCAAUUUCAGAGUGAGACGGGUAAACGCUCAAGAUGGCCCCGCUGGAGUUCAUUGUGGUCAAAGCUGUCACACGGGGCCUAG